CGCAGCUCGCGGGGAGGCAGCCCCCACCUCCUUACUGCACAUGCCCGGCAGAAGUCCGGGCGCGCAACUUCGCAGAACCUCUCCGCCCAUCCCUCCUCGCCUCAGUCUCCUCUGUCCUCUCUCAGGCGAGAGGACCGGCGGAGGCACCUCUCUGAGUCUUAGACUGCAGAGCCUAAGACUCAGCGAGAGAAGCCCGGGAGGAGACAGACCUUUCCCCCCUUUUGCUCAGAAAGGCAAGCAAGGCGCGGAGCUUUAGAAAGUUCCUAAGUGGUCAAGAAGGUAGGUCUUCCCUGUUUCUCCUCACAAGGAGGUGAGACUGGGACCUCCGGGCCAGCUUCUCACAUCGUAGGGUGUACCUCUCCCGGCUUCAGCAGCCGAUGCACUUUGGAGCCACUCUCUGCAGAGCCAGGGGGCAGGUCUGUUUCUCGGUGUGCGCCUAAGAGGAUGGAUCGCAGGUCCCGGGCUCAGCAGUGGCGCCGAGCUCGCCAAAAUUACAACGACCUGUGCCCGCCCAUAGGCCGCCGGGCAGCCACCGCGCUCCUCUGGCUCUCCUGCUCCAUCGCGCUCCUCCGCGCGCUUGCCACCUCUAACGCCCGUGCCCAGCAGCGCGCAGCUGCCCAACAGCGCCGGAGCUUCCUUAACGCCCACCACCGCUCCGGCGCCCAGGUAUUCCCUGAGUCCCCCGAAUCGGAAUCUGACCACGAGCACGAGGAGGCAGACCUUGAGCUGUCCCUCCCCGAGUGCCUAGAGUACGAGGAAGAGUUCGACUACGAGACCGAGAGCGAGACCGAGUCCGAAAUCGAGUCUGAGACCGACUUCGAGACCGAGCCUGAGACCGCCCCUGCCACUGAGCCUGAGACCGAGCCGGAAGACGAGCGCGGCCCCGUGGUGCCCAAGCAGUCCACGUUCGGCCAGUCCCUCGCGGAGAGCCAGUCUCUCACCCAGCGUCUGCACGCCCUGAAGUUGCGAAGCCCCGACGCCUCCCCGAGUCGCGCGCAGCCCAGCACUCAGGAGCCCCAGAGCCCCAGGGAAGGGGAGGAGCUCAAGCCCGAGGACAAGGAUCCGAGGGACCCCGAAGAGUCUGAGGAGCCCAAGGAGGAGAAGAAGCAGCGGCGUCGCUGCAAGCCGAAGAAGAAGCCCACCCGCCGUGAGGAGUCCCCGGAGUCCCCUUCCAAAAAGGGACCCAUCCCCAUCCGGCGUCACUAAUGGAGGACGCCGUCCAGAUUCUCCUUGUUUUCAUGGAUUCAGGUGCUGGAGAAUCUGGUAAAAGCACCAUUGUGAAGCAGAUGAGGAUCCUGCAUGUUAAUGGGUUUAAUGGAGAGGGCGGCGAAGAGGACCCGCAGGCUGCAAGGAGCAACAGCGAUGGUGAGAAGGCAACCAAAGUGCAGGACAU